UUCUAAGGAAUCAGCAGGAAUCUCUGUGGCUCUGUGAUAUGAUAAAAUCUCCCCCUAGUGAGGGGGGCAGGGCCUAACCUGCGUGGUGGUCGGCCGUAUUCUGAAAGAGCUGCCAACUUAAUUACUGAUUUACCCAUGUUUACUGGCCCUUGGGACUCUACUUUUGCAGCUACAAGAGACUUACCACUACCCUGCUAUACUGGGCUUUCUUAUAGCACGUGAACUAAGGAUUGCUCCUACACUCAAAGGAGGACGCGGUGAUCCUGGUCCAAACCCCAAAGGUUCAACUACUAUGCUGUGCCCAAGGGACACUUACAAGCAGUACCGACCCUACCACUACAAUGGCGGUUGCCUGCUCGCCUGACCUAUGCGGUGGGAGAUGGGAUGUGGAGAGCAGGCUGACAGAGCUAUUCGACGCCUUCUUUGUGAAGCUGACCGCUCGCAUGUGGACCGCGGCUCCUGAUCUCAUGCCAGACCUCAUGUCUCACAGUCCUGCACAUCUAGAUAGACCGGGAGAAGAGGAGCCCUCUCCAGAUCAGACCUGUCCUUUACACCAGCUCCCGGAUAGACACAUCUUGGCGUAUACUGAGAACAACCUCUCUGGAUUCCUGAUGCUGCGCCUACAUGCUUCCUGGAUGGACGGAACAGCUUGGGUGCUGCUGCCUUACGGCUCAUGUCUCCAAGCCAUCCUUUUUUUCAGGCUUACCCGUGAGCUAUCAUGCCUGCUGGGGCAGUUUCUGGUGCAGGACUCUACCUGGACCUUACAAGGCAUAGGCUGAGCUGACUCCCUUUCCUUCCUCUGCCUCAUUACUAGCGAUUGGGCACAGGCACAUUUACUUUUUGUAUUCUUAUAGAAUGGCUUCAUUUACUUUUUGCAUUCUUAUAGAAUAUAGUAUAUAUUGUAGUUUACUCAUAUGUGACAUAUUUACAUAUUUGAGGUCACAUGGGGCCUUUUGGGGGGUAACUCCUCUGCCAUGUCACAUAAGUGACUUGUAUUCCUGUAAUUUUAAAAAAAUAGUGCUGUAUCCCAGACAAGUCUUGUAACCUCUUGCUUCUACUCUCUUAAGCUGAUUACUGCAUUGUCUCUGUCUUUACUUGCUAUCUUGCAAUGCACAACAAAAAUAAAGAAUUAAAAAAAUAAAAUCUCCCCCUAGCCACAAAAAUAUUUUCUAACUAAACUACACUGAUUUAAUAAUCUAUGCAACCUACAUUUGAGGACAGAGACCCUUUUAGGAGUUAAGAAGAAUAUAUUCCAGCAACAGAGACACGAACCGACCUUGACGAUCCUGGCGGAGAUUCAAACCUGUUCCAUUGGCAGUCAUUCAGAGACCCUGUAGACAAUGACCACUUUCCCAGGAACAGGGGCCUAACUUCGGAUGGGUACAUGACACUACACCCCAGUGAGCAUCCUGAUCACCCCUUACACAUCCCUAUAUCUGAGAUACGGGGCUCUAUGGAUACUGGCUAUACCAUGGGGCUAUGUCUCACCCAGGGCUGGCAAGGGUUAAUCAGGACUUCAGCAAUUUCUGAGUUUGGUCUCUACUCUUUUUCAUGAUGCAGUUCUAUCUAGCAUGUGUUAUGUUAGAUGCUUGGCCAUUUCUCUAUAUAAUCAUAAAAAUUGUGCAGCACCUCAGACAGGCAUAGUGCUCUAUUGUUGACAACCUCUCUUGAUUUACGCUGUAAUGUCUUUGUUAAAUAUAUAUAUAGGAAAUCAAUGGCAAUGAAAAUUACAGACGGAGUGCCCCUUCUGAUUUGUUAAAAAUUGCACAUUUUGAGUAAGAUUUAUAAAAAGGUGAGUUUACUUACUUUUUCUCCCUCAUAGGGCUGGUCUCCAGCAUGCAGCUCAGCUCUUUGGCUGAGGUCAUCAAGAUUGAUAAUCUUAGCCAAUUCAGCCUAGGCUAGGGCGCAUGCUCAUCAAAAUUCUGAGACCACCAGAUUGAGAUAGUGGAGUCUUUCUCCACUGUUUCACGGAUGCGCCUCUACUUGCGGUCAUAUU